AUGUCGAAACUUCAAGACUCCGGAGUCCGCUGCCUCUUUUUUGAUACAUUUGGAACCUGCGUCGACUGGCGAACCACGGUGACGGAGACAUUGUGGAAAGCAGCCAAAGAUGCGCUCUGUUCCGCGACCGCGUCGAUUGACAGCCGGGCGCGCAGCAUUGCAACUGACAUGACACGUGAGGAUUGGGGCAAGUUCGCUCAGGACUGGAGGGACGGCUACUACCACUUCACACUAGAGAUUGCGCAAGAUGCGAGUAAGCCAUGGAAGACUGUUGACGAGCACCAUCUCGAAUCGUUCAAGGCCCUCCUUACCUCGCGAGGACUGAUGUUCCCAAGGACCGACAAUAACAACCCUGGCGACGGUUCGCUAUGGACAGAAGCGCAAGUGCAAGACUUGAGCCUGGUAUGGCACCGGCUAGAUCCGUGGCCCGACACCCGACAAGGAUUCGCCGAGCUUAACAAGGGUUUUCAGACUUGCAUAUUAAGCAAUGGCAAUAUGGCCCUUCUCAAUGAUUUAGUCGACUAUGGCAAGCUGCCCGUCAAGCAGAUCCUAUCUGCGGAGAUGUUCAGGUCGUACAAGCCGAGCCCCAAAGUCUACCUAAGGGCGGUGGAAGAAAUGGGGUUGAAGCCCGCACAGUGCGCUCUGGUAGCAGCCCAUCUGGCAGACCUGCAAGCUGCGAAGUCAUGCGGCCUCAGAACUGUUUACGUUGAGCGACCUGAUGAGGAGAGUCAUAAAGAAUUGAGAAAUGAGAGCAUUCCUGAUGUAUGGGUGAAUGAGCAUGAGUACGGACUUGUAAGUGCCGCCGAAAAGCUGGGCGUUCAGGUCAGCAAAUAG